CUCGCCCGCACAGCCCGGGGCAGCCGCCGCCGUCCCGGCCGGGGCUGCUCCGCUCCGGUUCCGCUCCGGUUCCGCUCCGGUUCCCAUGCGGCGCAGCCCCGCGCCCCCCCGCGCCCAUGGCCCGGCUCUCGGUCAAGGAGCACCUGGACGGGAUCCUCUCCGACUUCGAAGCGCUCAAGAAGUCUUUUGAGGCAGAGGACACGGAGGAUGUGGACGCGGUGCCCGGCUCCCCUGCUGCGUCCCCGCUGCCCUCGGGUGCCGUCGAGAGCCACCGGUUGCUGCAGCCCAGCCCCGUGCCCCGCAUGGGCACCGGCCCCAGCCCGUCCCACAGCCCGCUGCUGCGGAGCCGGCUCAGCGCCAGCCUCGCCGCCAGCCGGGGCCCCAGCAGCAGCGGCAUCGCCCGCGUCGCCUCCUUCCAGACCCGUCCGGGGCCGGGCAGCGAUGGCGAGAGCCUGCGCAGCUCCUCCUCCAGCCUGGAGAGCCCCGCGCCCCCCCGGCCGCCGGGUGCCCCCCCUGCCACCAGCCCCGGCCUGAAGAAGGUGCCGUCCCACGGCAGCGUCUUCCCGGCGGAGCCGGAGCGUCCCCUCCGCGUGGCCACCGGCCACGGCUCGCUGCCGGCGCUGGACCUGCACAUCGCCGAGGAGCCGGGGGUCCCCCUGCCCGCCUCGCGCCCCCCGCUGCCGUGGGGUGCCCGCAGCCCCACCGUCCAGCCCCGUGCCUGCAGGCCUUCCUCCCCCUCUUCCUCCUCUUCACCCACUGAGGUGGCCCCGGGGCUGCCCCGGACGCAGCUCAGGGUUUGUCUCAGCGCCAGCCCCCGCCUGGCCCGCCCUCCCCCCCGGGGCCCAGGGGACGCCACCCUUGCUGCCACCAUGGCCACCGACCCCGGCGAGGCUCUGUCCCUGCUGCCGCCCCCCCAGGCAGCCCCCUUCAAGCUGGUGACCCAGCCACAGACGGUGCAAGUGAGCUCCCAGCCCACCUUCCUCGGGGGGCUGGUGCUGAUGUCGGGGACCCCAGCAGCACCAAGGGAUGGCGGUGACACCGGUCCCCCCAUGGGGAACCCCUCUGGUGCCAGCUCGGUAGGGCCACAGGGGCCCAGUGAGGCUGCGGAUGGCUGCUGCACCCCAGGGACGCCGGAGCACGGGCCCCGAGGCGAGGAGGAGGAGGAGGAGGAGCAGAGGAGGAGCCGUGGGCUGCAGCCUCCCUCCUGCCUUGCACCCCAGGAGCCAUUCGGCCCCGGUGACCAGCUCGUGGUGCAGCGGCACGGCCGGAGCCGAGGGAGCAGCCUGGAGCCGCAGGAGAGCAGCAUGGAGGCGCCGGCUGUGCUCGAGGAGCUGCCCCCCGGCGCUGCGCCCGGCAAGGGGGCGCAUGAGCUCUUCGGCUACGUGGGGAUCGAAGCCGUGCUCGACCAGAUGAGGGUCAAGACCAUGAAGACGGGCUUCGAGUUCAACAUCAUGGUCGUCGGGCAGAGCGGGCUGGGGAAGUCCACGAUGGUGAACACCCUCUUCAAGUCCAAAGUGAGCCGCAAAGCCUCGCAGCCCGGCCAGGAGGAGCGCAUCCCGAAGACGGUGCAGCUGCAGUCGGUCACCCAUGUCAUCGAGGAGAAGGGUGUGAAGAUGAAGCUGACGGUGACGGACACGCCGGGGUUCGGGGACCAGAUCAACAACGAGAACUGCUGGGACCCCAUCAUCAAGUACAUCAACGAGCAGUACGAGAGGUACCUGCGCGAGGAGAUCCUCAUCACCCGUAAGAGGAAGAUCCCGGACACCAGGGUCCAUGGCUGCGUGUACUUCGUCCCCCCCACGGGCCACUGGCUGAGGCCCCUCGACCUGGAGUUCAUGCGGAGGCUCAGCAAGAUCGUCAACGUGGUGCCGGUGAUCGCCAAAGCCGACACGCUCACCCUGGAGGAGCGGGCAGAGUUCAAGCAACGGAUCCAGCAGGACCUGAAGGCCCACGCCAUCAGCGUGUACCCGCAGGAGGACUUCGACGAGGACCCGGAUGACAGGUUGCUCAACAACGUGAUUCGGGAGAAGAUCCCGUUCGCCGUGGUGGGGGCGGACCAGGAGCACCAGGUGAACGGCAGGCGGGUGCUGGGCCGCAAGACCAAGUGGGGCAUCAUCGAAGUGGAGAACCCGAUGCACUGCGAGUUCCCCAUGCUGCGGGACCUGCUCAUCCGGUCCCACCUGCAGGACCUGAAGGACAUCACCCACAACGUGCAUUACGAGAGCUACCGCGUGCGGCGGCUGAACGAGAGCAACCGGGUGGCGCUGAGCCCCGCCAACGGGCUGCCGGGCAAGGACGAGGACGACAGCAACCUCUGAGCCCUGGGACCCCGGCCCCCGUGGCGGUGCCCGUCCCCUGCCCCACCAGUGACUGUGCUGCCCCGUGCCACCUCUGCCGGCUGGGGACGGACCCACGCCCCCCCGGCGUCACCUUCCCCUGUCCCCGGACGCCUCGGCAGGUGCAGGGGGACGCCGUGCACCCCCCCCCCCCCGGCCCACACUGGUUCAAGGAUGUGAGCAGAGGGGGCUCCCAGGGUGUCCCCGUCCCCAGGUCGCCGGGCUUCACCAGGAUCCCCCGAAGCCUGCUUGGCAUUAAAGGUGAAGCCGGA